GACUUCCUCUCUACGGUAAGCUCCUUUCUCUCUCAGUCGCUCUCUCUUUCCUCCGUUGGUGGUAUUUAUAGAGUACAAUCGUUUAGCGUUUCUGUUUGUGUUUUCGGUGGUCUGCGUGUUUGAUUUUUGGCUGUUUGGCUGGUGGUUUUUCCUUGCAGAAUUUUGGUAAAACUCCACCCCACUCUCUUCGUAUCAUUUGUUGACGCAAGUACGAUUUUCGUUGCGAAAUUCUUCUGAAGUUUGCCCUAGAAUUUUGUAUUUUCGGCGGCUGUUUCUUUUCCUGUUUGGUUUGUCGAUUUUUAGGCGUGAAUUGAAACUGGUGAAUUUGUGUUGUGCUUUGAUUGUUUUUUCUUUUUGUAGUUUGUAUGAGUGGUUUUGUCGCUUGGUUUUUCAGCAAAUUGGUUUUUACUGGUAGUGUUCUUGUUAUUUCAGUGAAAAUUCUUGGAGCGGCUGAAUUUUUUGGGCUCUGAUUUUGGGUUUUCAUGAGUGACGAGGUGUCGGUUUGUUGUGAUUUUGAUUUUUGUUUGGAUUUCUCUUUGCAAUUGUUAUGUUGGAUGAUUUAAUUUUCUGGAUCGUUUGUGACAAUUUUUAGGGUUCGUCCAUGUAAUUUUCCCCAUUCUGGUUGAGGUUUCUUUCUUCUCAACAUAUAUUUCUGAGAAAUUUAGGGCUGAAACUCUUUUCUGCACUUGAUUUUGAUUGCUUUUCUUUGGCGGGCAACUUGAAAUGACAACAUCAGUAUUUAAUUUUCUUUGUUCUGGUAAUUACAAAUUGAAAGUGCUUAGUUCCUCACAUAUCGAUGUGUGUGCAGAUAUCUGAACAAUGGGUCAAGCUCUUGGAUGCAUUCAAGUGGAUCAGGCUACUGUUGCUGUGACGGAGCAGUUCGGAAAGUUUAACCAGGUGCUUGAGCCUGGAUGUCACUGUGUACCAUGGUGUUUAGGCUACCAGGUGGCCGGCGCCCUAACUCUGCGCCUCAUGCAGCUUGAUGUUCGCUGUGAAACUAAAACCAAGGACAAUGUCUUCGUGACUGUGGUUGCAUCCAUUCAGUACCGUGCUUUGGCAGAUAAGGCUUCUGAUGCCUUCUACAAGCUCUCAAACACUAGGGAGCAGAUUCAAUCCUAUGUUUUUGAUGUCAUAAGGGCAAGCGUGCCAAAGUUGGAACUGGAUUCUGUCUUUGAGCAGAAGAAUGAUAUUGCCAAAGCUGUUGAGGAUGAACUUGAAAAGGCCAUGUCCACCUAUGGGUAUGAAAUUGUGCAGACCCUCAUUGUGGAUAUUGAACCAGAUGUUCAUGUGAAAAGAGCCAUGAAUGAGAUUAAUGCAGCUGCUAGAAUGAGGCUUGCCGCCAAUGAGAAGGCUGAAGCAGAUAAGAUACUGCAGAUCAAGAAAGCUGAGGGAGAAGCAGAGUCAAAGUAUCUGUCAGGGCUCGGGAUUGCUAGGCAGCGCCAAGCUAUCGUGGAUGGGUUGCGUGAUUCUGUGAUUGCCUUCUCAGAGAAUGUUCCUGGAACUACUGCUAAGGACGUGAUGGAUAUGGUCCUGGUGACUCAGUACUUUGACACGAUGAAGGAGAUUGGAGCCUCUUCCAAGUCAUCUUCAGUGUUCAUCCCACAUGGACCUGGUGCUGUGAAGGACAUUGCCACCCAGAUCAGAGACGGGCUUCUUCAGGGUCAAACCAUGCAGCGUUAGUCUGCCUUUUGGUCCGCCAAACCAAUCGUGAUGACAGAAAUUAGAAAAUCACUAGGACGUCUUGAAAGCUGGUUUAGUAAUGGUAUUUUGGAGACUGGUGUUAGUUGAGAUUCAUAUGGUUUUACUUUGACUUAUUAUUAGUAGUUUGCUGGUAGUUCAUCCUCCUUGGUAAAUAUGUUCUUGUUUCUGAUCACUGCGGAAGUUAUCUAGUUUGAAAUUACUGUGGAAGUAAUCUAGUUUGAAAACCCUGUUAGCAGCAUUAGUAGGCUGUCUUAAGGAUUUUUUUUAAACUUCAAUUGCCUUUGUGAAAUUGUUUCUUCUUAGUUUGAAAGUGGCGUGUCCAAAAAUUUCUUCUUAAUUUGCGCGCUGUGAAUAGUCUAACACGCAGAAACAAUUGCUGAUAUCUGAAACCUUUCCCAAGUAAAACUAGAGCUUCAUGUCCACUUCUUGCUUUUGUGAUUUUUUUCGAAAAUAUCUCUUACCAGAAGUCAAAUUCAUCAGUCGUUAUAAUGAUCCAAGUUUUUCCUUUUGGAAGGGUGGAAAAAAUAAUUGAAUAUAGGCAUGCUGAUUGCCCAAAGUUGUUUUGAGAGUGACAUUCUGAUGGUCCUUCAAAGAAAAUGUAUAGCAAGAUAAUGUACUCUAUAAAAUUCCAAUUGGAUAAUGCUAAUAGACUUUUAGUAGAUUUAACUGCAGUUUGUGAUCCCAGUCUCUCCAGUGUGUAUACCUUUAAAUGCAUUUUUUUAAAAUGGG